AAUAUGGAGAGCAACUCAUUUCAACAUAUCUUUCUCAUAUUGUUAUUUCAACUUUUGUAUUUCACUUGCAUAAAUUAUCACUUUGUUUCCUCUGCUGGCACCUCUAGUGUAAGCACUUGCAUUGAAACAGAGAAGAAUGCACUACUAAAACUUAAAGAGCAUCUCACAGAUCCUUCAAGCAGGCUAUCUUCUUGGGUUGAUCAAGAAGAUUGUUGUCAAUGGCUUGGUGUAAGCUGUGACAAUAAGACCAGAAACGUCGUAAAGAUUGAUCUCAGGAACAAAUUUUCAAGUAACCAUGAAUUGGGAGGUGAGAUUAAUCCAUCUUUACUUGAGUUACAACACUUGAGAUACUUAGACUUGAGCAUGAACAAUUUUGGAGGAAUCCAAGUGCCUGAAUUCAUUGGUCAAAUCAAAGAAUUGAGGUAUCUCAAUCUUUCAGGGGCUUCUUUUUCUGGUUCAUUAUCUCCAUUUCUUGGGAACCUCUCAAAUUUGCGAGUUCUUGAUUUGAGUUUCUACUCGGAUCAGCCAGCUGAGAAAAACCUUGAGUGGAUGAAAGGACUUUCUUCUUUGGAACAUUUAAAUUUGGGAGGUUCAGAUCUUAGCAAAGCUACUAAUUCUUGGCUUCUAACAAUCAAUAAUCAUCUUCCUUCUCUCUUGGAGUUGCACUUGCCUCAAUGUCAACUUUUAAACCUUCCAUCUUCUCUUCCAUCCCUAAAUCUUACUUCCCUUUUGGUACUUGAUAUUUCCAACAAUGCUUUCAACUCAAGUAUUUUCCCUCGAUGGAUAUUCAAACUUAGUAACCUUGUCCAUCUUGACCUAAGCUCCAACAAUAUUCUUAGUGAACUGCCUGAUGAGUUUGCAAAGCUCACUUCCCUAGAAUAUCUUGAUCUAUCUUCCAACUAUGGUGCCAAUGGGACACUCAAAAGAAGCUUGGGGAAGCUAUGCAAUUUGAAGACUUUGAUCCUCUCCGACAACAACAUCACUGGAGACAUUACUGAUUUCAUCGAUGCCUUAUCAGAAUGCCAAAUCAACAGCUUGGAGACAUUGGACUUGAGUCACAAUGCAUUAACUGGGAAUCUUCCUGCUACAUUAGGCUACUUGAGGAAGCUAAAAGAUGUUCAACUGAGGUACAACUCACUGACAGGCACAAUACCUGAAACUAUAGGGCACUUAUCAUCCUUGGAGACGCUCUAUCUCACAUCAAACAAAAUGACUGGGAACCUCACCCCAAAUAUCGGGCAGCUCACGUCGCUGGUCUCAUUGGAUAUCUCUGAGAAUAUGUGGGAAGGUAUUGUCACAGAAGACCAUUUACUGAAUCUUUCUAACUUGCAAGAAUUUUUAAUUGGCGUGAAACUUGGUAGGAAUAUUACCUUGGCAUUUAACAUCAACCCAAGUUGGACUCCUCCAUUCAAGCUGACAUUCUUGACUAUCCAGUCAUGCCAAUUAGGCCCCAAAUUCCCACAUUGGGUGAAGGAUCAGAAUGAGCUCACUAGCAUAACAAUCAAUACCGCAGGGAUUUCCGAUGCUGUACCAGAUUGGUUUGUAGAGUUGGAUUUGAAGCUUGAUAAUCUUGACAUGGCUUACAAUAGCUUGACAGGGCAAGUUCCCAACAAAUUUCAGUUCAACAUUCAAGCCAAUGUGGAUUUAAGCACCAAUCGUUUCGAGGGACCUCUCCCAUUAUGGUCUUCUAAUGUUACAACAUUGUAUCUGAGGGAUAACUUGUUUUCAGGACCUAUUCCUCUCAAUAUAUGUGGAGUACUUCGUGAUUUAACAGACUUGGACAUCUCCAAGAACAAGCUAAAUGGCACCAUUCCCUUGUGCAUGGGUGAUAUGACUCUGUUGGUUACUUUAGUCCUCGAUAAUAACCAACUUAUCGGACAGUUUCCUGAUUUCUAG